AAGGAUCUAUAUGUGUUCGACCCAAAGUUACCCAGGUGAAGUUAGAGAAAGAGAACGGAAGUUUCGGUUUUUCGUUGAGAGGCGGUGCUUCCUCAGAUAGACUGAAGUCCAGACCACUCACCAUCACGCACGUGCGACCAGGAGGACCUACGGAUAGGGAAGGGACGAUCAAGGCAGGUGAUCGCUUAUUGGCUGUUGAGAACAUUAAUUUGGGGAAUGCUUCCUUGCAAGAAGCGUUAGUAGUUCUGAAAAGACUGGAUCAGAAAGGCCUGUUCACUCUGGAGUAUGAUGUAUCCGUUAUGGAUGCUGUUUGUAAUGCUUCGGGUCCUCUUUUGGUUGAAAUUGACAAGACUCCAGGUACACAGCUGGGUAUAACUCUCACCCAAGUACACAGGCCACAAAGUGCCAUCGUAAUUGAAACUAUACAGCAAGCAAGUGUGGCAGAAAG